UCAACGAUAUUCUUAUAACGAGGUUCGACUGUACCUGCAUGUAGGUGUUUUACGAUCGUAACAAUGUGUACUCUGCAACAGAGUGCACAAUUGAUCAAAUAUAGUCCAGUCGUCGCUUCUGCAACCCUUAAACAGGAGAUGAGCCGGCUAUUGUUAACUGAAAACUACAUCAACCAAUGUCACACACACAUUUUGAGGAACGGUCGCACAUCGUUGGUUAUCAAAAACCCUGUUUGCGAUAAGUACAGAGGUAACCUUUGCUAUGAAAAGAAUUGUUAGUACGAGAUGAAAGAGACCACACGCAAAAAAAAAACGGCCUUUGGCUAAAUUUGAGCGACAAUGGGUUUUGCAAAAAUGAGGUCAACUAAAUGCGUUUGUACGCGAAUUGGUCGUUGGUGAAGUUAGGUGAAACUUAAUGUCUAAAAGGUAUAAUGUGGUACGUAGAAUGUUAUCAAACAACUGACUGUACGUCUGUGUCCAAUUUUUUUUCAAAGUCAUGUAUAUUUACAAGUUCAUGCCGUGUUUCCAAACAGGCACCGACAGAACAACCAGGAACUGAUCCCAUGAACUCUGCGUCAUCUUUAUCUGAGCGUAGUUUUCUGACAAGAAAUCAACCAUGGCUUCCGACGCCUUCGUUACUGCUAUGCGUUAUUGUUUGAGCAUCUGCGGUGCCGUGGCCUUGGUCGAGAAUCUCCUGGUGAUGGCAGUGUUCGCUGGAACGAAAAAGCUUCGCGUCAAGUACUACACAUUUAUCUUCAACCUUGCCUUGAGUGACUUUGCUUUUGGUCUGUUCAUUAUACUCGUCACAUGGAUCGAUUCGCCCGUUCUUCAGGGCCUUCUCACGGCCAGCUACUAUGUGUCAAUACUGACCAUUCUGGCCGCUGCGGUCAAUCGUUACCUGGCCCUGUCUAUUAUGCCCGCUGCUCGCUACGACUCGCUGGUGACUGCAUGUCGCCUGGUCGGAGCAUGUUUGGUUAUUUGGUGCUUAUGCCUUACAUAUGGGCAACUGUUGUACAACGUGUUCACAACUGGAGUUUCCAGAGCGUUAGAGGUAUAUGGGUAUUCAGUGGCUGUACUCGUAGUCUGGGUUGUCACCGCACUAACCUACUUCCUGGCUUUUCGUAAGGUCAAACACCUCAGUCCUGCUCUUUUGUCCCCUGCCGGCUUUGGUGCCGACAUUAGGCAGACUCGCCGGUUAUUAGUCGUAUUCAUUCUCAUUCUCGUCACGGCGUUCAUAUCAUGGAUGCCUUAUGCUGUUCUUUCGUUAAUCGCGUAUUACAAUCCGUCCCUGCUUGAUAAGCCGGCCUUUUCAGAGUCUUUUGAGGUCGCUGUCUUAAUUUAUGCCUUCUCUACCGUGGCAAAUCCACUCAUAUACUGGUGGCGACUGGAUAGUUUCAGGGCGGGAUUCUAUACAAUGUUCUGUCGCUGUUUCAUGAAAGCAGAGUCCAGACAGACGGAGGUCGACCCGUCUGCGAACCGCGAAAAUCCAGUUGUUGAAACAGAUUUCUAAAUGUUUGUGUUUUACCACACGACUCGAGCGUCAAGGUUGUAAUCAAAAUAGUUUCGAAACCUUUAUAGAAGUGGAUGGCUGUUGAGCAAUUGAUUUGUUUGAAAUGGAUAUAUGAAUACAUGUAAUUUAUUACCAAAAUGCAAUAAGUGCCAUUUUGGUAUCUUUCAGAAUCCUACACCCUCAGUUGCCUGCAGUCACUUUCUACAGAUUUAAGAUAGCUAAACAUAACUUGAAUGAGUCAAGAUAGUGAAAAAAAAGUUUAAGGACACAUGGUACACUGCAGAGCUCUUCAAUUUUUCAUAAUUGUGGAAAAAUUGCAUAUUUUUCGAAUGGAUAUAUCUCAUUUUGGAAAUAAACCUGUCCAUAUUUUAAAGACAAAUUUCAUUGACUAUAUGAGUGUAUGACUGUGUGAUUAUUUGUUGUUGUACAUACACGUAUUUUUGAAAAAACUAUCCCCUUUUUUCUAGCAGUUGCAGUGAGGAAAUAAUCUGGACAAA